CAAAACCGUAGCACCAUCAGUAAACGAAAGUGCAUAGUCGGCACUAGACGUAAAAAUGAAGUAACCUAAUAAUUUCUCUGCCGGUUAACGCUCUAUAUUUAAAUAUAUAUAUGUACAUGUGUAUGUAUCCGUACAUAUGUAUUUAACACGUUAAAAAUUAACUUAUUCUAUCGAAAAAAACAUCAUAAAACUGUGUCCGCUAAACAAUUAUCAACCUAAAUCUAACCGAGUAAAUUCGAUUAAAAUUAAACUAAAGUAAAACUUAAACGUAAGCGUUCUGCAUCUGAACUGUCACUGGCUAUCUAAUGGAAAGUGGCAUGCCGAAAUGCAGUCGACGAGCUUUGGCGCUCAUUAUUUCUCUUCAAAUCUGCCUAUCUCUACCAAAUGGAACCUCGGCAGGAUUUAACGAAAAAAAACUGCUACACAAACUUUUGGAUCAUUACAACGUGUUAGAGAGACCGGUGGCAAAUGAGUCUGACCCUUUACAACUAAGUUUUGGACUCACCUUAAUGCAAAUUAUUGACGUGGAUGAAAAAAAUCAGCUACUCAUCACUAAUAUUUGGUUAAAGCUGGAAUGGAACGACAUGAAUUUAAGAUGGAAUGCUUCAGAUUAUGGCGGCGUAAAGGAUUUACGUAUACCUCCGCACAGGCUGUGGAAGCCAGACGUCCUUAUGUAUAACAGUGCGGAUGAAGGCUUCGACGGGACGUACCCCACUAAUGUGGUGGUGAGGAAUAAUGGGAGUUGCAUGUACGUACCACCGGGUAUUUUUAAAAGCACCUGCAAAAUUGACAUCACUUGGUUUCCGUUCGAUGACCAGCGAUGCGAGAUGAAAUUCGGAAGCUGGACAUAUGACGGUUUACAGUUGGAUUUGCAACUGCAAGAUGAUGCGGGAGGGGACAUCAGCAGCUUUAUUACGAAUGGCGAAUGGGACUUGCUAGGUGUUCCGGGAAAACGUAACGAGAUCUACUACAAUUGUUGUCCGGAACCAUACAUUGACAUAACCUUCGUUAUUAUUAUUCGCCGAAGAACUUUAUACUAUUUUUUCAAUCUAAUUGUCCCAUGCGUUCUUAUUGCGUCGAUGGCCGUCUUGGGUUUUACACUGCCCCCCGAUUCAGGGGAAAAGUUAUCGCUCGGCGUUACCAUUCUCUUGUCUCUCACCGUGUUUCUCAACAUGGUCGCUGAAACAAUGCCAGCCACCUCCGAUGCUGUACCACUUUUGGGAACCUAUUUUAACUGCAUCAUGUUCAUGGUAGCCUCAUCGGUCGUUUCCACCAUCCUCAUCCUAAACUAUCACCACAGAAACGCUGACACCCACGAGAUGUCCAACUGGAUAAAAACGAUAUUUUUGAUUUGGUUACCUUGGAUAUUGCGCAUGCACCGACCGCCCGGGACGCCCGAAUACGGAGCUUCGCAUAACCGAAAUGCGCCGAUGAUAGCCGAAAGGAAGCCGAUUCACUUUCCGGACGUGGAAAUGAAAGAGCGAUCUUCGAAAAGUCUUCUUGCCAACGUACUCGACAUUGACGACGAUUUUCGACACAACCACAGAGGAGGCGGCACUCCUACUCCAAUGCCGCCAUCUUCAUUUUUUAGGUCAGUUUAUAGGCAAGCCGAAGACAAUGGUAAUGGGGCUCGUGUCCCACCGCCGGAACCAGUGGUGGCGACUCACGGCUGCAUAAACGCGGAUUACGAGCUGGCUAUGAUUUUGAAAGAGAUCCGUUUUAUAACGGAUCAGAUGCGAAAAGACGACGAGUCAUCGGUGGUGACUAGAGACUGGAAAUUUGCGGCUAUGGUGGUUGAUAGAUUGUGCCUUAUAAUAUUCACCUUGUUUACGAUCAUCGCCACUUUAGCGGUGUUAUUCUCAGCGCCUCAUAUUAUCGUCUCGUAGCCAAGCGCUCCCCCAACGGACGCGCCACCUCCAGAUUAGUAAUCGUUUUACAACGAUUACGCUCUCGACCACACGUCUUUUUUUACGGAAUAAUUGCCAUUUAUUCGUUAAUUGAAUUAAAAUAAAAGGAUACAAACAACGACAAUAAUUUUAUCAUCGUACUUUUGCCAGAAAACAUUUCUACUCGACCAAUUCCUAUCUAUGAAUCCUUAUGCACAGGGUCUUUAGUUACUGACAAUAAUUAAUUAGGGCGAAAAUUGAAAAAUUGUUGAUCAUUGAUGUUUUAAAUGUUUAUUCACACACCAGGAGGAUGUUGGUGUUAAAAUUUGCGACUUUACUUUCUAUACAAAAUAAAUUUGUCCAUUUUACAGCGACCGCCAUAUUGGAUUGAUUU